UGGCUGGGAGGUUUCGGUUUCUAUUCAUUUUCCUGAUGAGAAUAAGGGUGUGACGAUACAAGGAAGCAGAGCCGUCCUUUACCCCCGACACCCAGCGGCCCGUGAAUUCACGUUAUUAACCUUACUGUAACUUUGAAAUCAAUCCCUUUUCAGAGUUAGAAAUAUUCCGUUGCACUGAAGACAAAAUCUGGGAAUUUAACCCUCUUACUACAUAUAGGAUUAAAAUAAUAUGGAUACCUUAAGUAACCUGAAAGAAGAACAUGAAAAAUGGAAGCAAGCUGUUCUUGAGGAAGAAAAAAAGAAAUCGGAAGCACUGAUCAGAAAAUGCGAUGCUGAUGAGAGAAGGCGAGAAGCUGAGCGCCACCUGGAGUCACUUCUCGCUCGGGAAAGAGAGAUACAAGAAAGAAUGAGAGCCCAAGAAGAAGCUUAUUCUAAAAGAAUGGAAGAGUUAAGGAAGAAGAACAAUGACCUGAAGAAACGAGACACAGAUCUGACGAUGAGAUUAAACGAAGCCACGGAAACUUUCAUCAAACUGGAAGAAGAGCUGCAGGUUGAGAACAAAGUAGAAGAAACUGAUAUCAAUUUUGUUGGGCCAAGUAAAGAUCCCCCGAAGAAUGAGAGUAGCGACAUUUCGUACAAGUUCAUGGCUACCGUAAACAGACCCUUUGUGUUGCAACCCGGUCAGGCCCUUCUGACGUUUGAAAACGAGCUAGUUGCUAAAAACAUAAUCAGAAAAAAACAGUUUACGCUCAACUUUGAAGGCACAUCCGUAGACGCAAGAGCGCUUCCGGUCCAUCUCAAUAAAACAAUUAAAUUUGAGAUCGACACGAAUAUUUCUAGCAAGCAGGUCCGUGUUGUCAAUCUACCCGCCGAUCUUCCGGCCGAGUACAUUAAAGAUAAAUUGGAACUAAAGUUUUAUAAAUCGGACGUCGGCGGAGGAGAGAUAGAGGAAGUGGAAUACGAUAGCGAUAAUCAUUCUGCCGUAAUUACAUUUCUAGACGACGGAGUGGCACAAAGAGUCGUAAAACAAAAAGAACAUCAGUUAUUUCCGGGACAUGAAGUUACGGUGGAGCCCUGUGUCCGGCACGCCUUGAACAAGUUGCAGUUGUUCUCCGAUGUUUCCCAGAGAACAGUUCUUUUGACGGGUAUUAAUGGUAUCAAGGACACGGAAGAGAACAUUCAAGAUGAAAUAGAGAUUUACUUUCAGAAACCAAGUAAUGGAGGUGGAGAGAUAGAAUCCAUCGUCUACACUCAGAAUAAGGAGAGGGCCGUUCCCUUUGAGCAGGAUUAAAUUUCUGAAUGAUACGCAUUAUCUACUUUUAUUUUAAUGAUAAUUUUGCUGCAAAGGAAUAAAAUGCCA